AUGCCCCUGCUAAUUGCCCAGGUCAUCAAGGUGAUUGAUCCUACCGCGGACCACUCAGGCCUCCUCUUCGACUCACCCUACUCCUACGGUGUCGCUUACUUUGCCAUGGCUGUCUUGUCCAACCUCGCCUCAUACGCGGGGUCUUCCAUACUAGUCGACACCCGCAUUCAGAUGCGCUCCGCUUUAAUCGGCGCCGUGUACCGCAAGACCUUCCGUCUGUCUCUGGCCGCCCGCACUUCCACGUCCCCUGGAUCCAUCAACAGUUUCGCUGACGCGGACACCAGGAGCAUCGGCAUGCUGCCCGAUUCCGUCAUUCGCCUCAUCACCUGCCUCCUCCAAAUCGUCCUUGCCAUCUUCUUCCUCGCACAGUCCCUCGGCGUCUCCACCUGGGUCACCGCUGGCGUCUACGUCGUCUUGGGUGUGGCGGUCGCUCUUCUGUCACCUUACCUGGUCGCCGCAGAGGACAAGUACCUCGAAUUCAUGGACAAGCGUAUUUCCCUCCUUCGUGAGCUUCUGCAGGGCAUGCGCACCCUCAAGCUCGAAGCAGCGGAACGCGUCUUGGGCUCCGCCAUCGACGCCAUCCGCUCUGACCAGCUCGUCUCCCUCGUCAAGCUAAAUAAGUGGCAGGUCCCCUUGAUCGUUUUCCUCAUCAUUCAGCAGGAUGCACUGCCCAGCAUCGCCAUCGCGUCGUUCCAUUUGUUCGGCGGGACCAUCACCGCCGCCUCUGUGUUCACCAUCUUGGGCUUCCUCGACGCUUUGCAGGGGCCGAGUGGGAGCCUGGAAUGGGUUGUCAGCGCAAUCUCCAGCAGCAUCCCUUCCAUCCGACGCAUCUCGGCAUUCCUGGCAAAGGAGGAGAGCGACCCGCGAAAUGUCACCACCACUCGGAUUUCCCCCGACAGCAAGGCGCCCGACGCAAUCGUCAUGCAUGCCGCCACGUUCGCGUUUGAGGCGCUUAUCCCCGCGGAGGACGGCGAGGACGACGCCGGUGAUGAUGCCCAGAGCACGCACGCAGAACCCUUCGAGCUGACGGACCUCUCGCUCGUCAUCCCGCGGGGAAGCCUCGUCGUCGUGGUCGGAUCUGUGGGAUCUGGCAAGUCCAGCUUCCUGUCUGCACUCGUCGGUUCGAUGACUCUUCGUCACGGCACCUCCGCCGUCAAUGGGUCCGUGGCUUAUUGCCCUCAGACCCCUUUCAUCAUGAGCGGCACUAUCGAGAACAACAUUCGCGGGUUCGCGGGCAGAGCCACGGCCGCUUCGGUCUUCGACGCCGUCGAGGCCACGUGUCUCGACCGAGACAUCUCUGUCCUACCUGACGGCCUGUCGACGCGAAUUGGAGAGCGAGGGAUCUCUCUGAGCGGAGGCCAGAAGGCGCGCGUGGCCCUCGCCCGCGCUAUUGCCUGCGAUCCCGACGUGCUGGUUUUGGAUGACCCCCUCGCGGCGUUGGAUGCAUCUGUCGGGAGAACCGUGCUGGAGGAAACGGUGUUGGGAAGAUUGAAGGGCAAGACAGUCAUCCUUGCCACGCAUGACCUCAGGGUUGCUAGCAGGGCCGAUAUCGUGCUGGUGUUCGAAAAGGGAACAAUUGUGGAGAUGGGAACGGCAGCCAAGCUCAGGAAAUUGGAUGGCCAAGGCGAUAAGGAGCACCGUGACACCCACCGGAUAAAAGCGGAGGACGAUACGACCCUUCCUUUGACUUCCUCCGUGGACCCUGAUGUCGUCACCGCCACCCUCACGAAGGAAGUACUUGACGCCGUCGCCAACUUCGAGACCUCUCAGGUGGUGGCCGAGGACCGUCGCAUCGGCUCCGUGCAGCUCUCCGUUUACCGAUCCUACUUUUCCACGGCCGGCUACACCGUCAGCGCCAUCCCUUUUCUGCUACUCCCAAUUGGCAUAGCCGCCGAUGCUGCCCUUCAGAUCUCGUUGGUGCUGUGGUCCAGCGAUUCGUUGGGAUGGACCGACAAUCAGUACUUUACAGGAUUCUACUGCCUUGGGCUGGCGAGGACUGGUAUGGCGCUGGUCACAGGCUGGAGUUGCAUGCUUAUGUGCUACUACGCCAGCAGAGCGUACCAUCGGAAGGCCCUCGAGGGUAUCUUGAACGCGCCUGUCCAGUGGUUUGACCACCAACCCGUCGGACGCAUUCUGAACCGGUUCUCCUCCGACAUUUCUGCCCUCGACACGGAUCUCUUUCCCCUUAUGGACAGUACCUUCGUUUGCGUCAUCUCCGUGUUCUCCAGCGUCGUCGUACUCGCCUUCGGAUCUCCCUACAUGCUUUUACUUCUCGCCGGCCUCGCCGUACCCUCCACGUACCUGUUCGGAUAUUUCCAAACCAGCUACAGGGAGCUCAAGCGGCUGCAGAGCACCCUCCAGAGCCCACUCUCGGCGCAUUUGAGCGAAAGCUUUGACGGGAUCGCCACCAUCGGAAUCUACGGAUGGGUUGAGGCGUUUGUGGAGCGGCAGGAGGUCGUGACGGAUCUGUCCAACAAGGCACCCUUGCUGAUGUCAACCGCCGAGUUCUGGCUUCACCUGCGUCUGGCGUUGCUCUCUUCCCUCAUCAUCCUCGUCACCUUGAUGCUCGCCGGCGCGGGAUUCAUCUCAAGCAGCGCCGCGGGAUUGAUGCUCGUGUCCGCCAUCGGCAUAUCUGGCCACAUCAGAAACGCCUUGGAGCAUUUCAGUCGGGUGGAAGCAAUCUUCAACGCCGUUGAACGUCUUGACCACUACGCAUCUGACCUUCCAUCGGAAAUCUCCAAGGGCUCCAUCAGCGUCCCCUUGGACUGGCCGUUGCAAGGCGCUAUCAUCAUCCGCGACCUCACGCUCGCCUACGACGCCACUACGCCUGUCAUCAAAAAUGUAUCCCUCUCCAUCCCCGCAGGCCAACACAUCGCUUUGUGCGGCCGUACUGGUUCCGGAAAGAGCACCCUCUGCGCCGCCCUAUUCCGCCUCAUGACACCCGUCUCGGGUUCCAUCGCGAUUGAUGGCGUCGAUAUCGCCGACAUUGACCUCCACACCCUCCGAUCCCGUCUCAUGAUCAUCCCUCAGGAUCCCGUCCUCUCAAGCGGGACGCUGAGAGCCAACCUGGACCGACACGGCAAGUAUCCUGACUCGGACAUCUGGCACGCGCUGGACCUUGCGGGCCUACAUUCCCACGUAUCUACCCUUCCCGGCAAGCUCGACCACCCUGUCACCUCAUCCACCUCCCUAUCCUCCGGCCAACGUCAGCUACUCUUUAUGGCGAAAGCCAUCUUGCGAGCCCCACACAUCCGCAUUCUGGUGCUGGACGAAUCGACUGCCAGCGUCGAUGCGGCCGCCGACGAUCGUAUUGGGAAAUUAGUGAAGGAAAAGUUCAGCCAUGCUACGGUCGUGUGCGUCGCGCAUCGGUUGAGCACUGUCGCGGGGAUGCAGAGGGUUGUUGUGAUGUCGGAUGGGAAGGUGGUGGAGACCGGGACGCCAUGGGAGCUGCUCGGCAAGGAUGAGUCCGUGUUCAAAGGGAUGGUGGAAUGUACGGGACCUGAGAAUGCGCAGGCCAUCCGGGAGGUCGCGAAAAGGGGGUUAGAGGAGGGUAUAGAUGCGUAG